AGUAAUAUGCGAUGAAUGGUUCUUCAGACAAAUUUCAUAACCAAUCAGAUUCAAGAGAGGGGUCAGCUGAUUUGGGAAGCCAAUCAGCUGCUGCUUCAGGGUCAGUAAGCCAAACAGCUACAAAAGAGGCGGAGUCUAAGAUCACAAAGGCAGAACCAAGUGACCUAUCAAUUAGCCAGAAUCCACAAAAUUUAAAUUGGAACUUUGAUGACAGUAUGGAGAAAAACCCGUUCAGUGGCUUCUCAGAAGAACAUUUGACCAAACUGGACGAGGUUCUCCAAUCAGCUAGCGUCCAAGAGUUGUUACAGCAGUCAGGAGGCGGGAUAGACUUGCUCGCUCUGGAACAAUCAGAGGCCCAGUUUACAGCCACGCCUAUCACUGUGAGUGGAGGGGCUGGGGAUGGCGCUAUACCCUCAACAUCAGCUCACGUUGGUCAGCGGAAGAGAAACCAGUUUAAACUUUACAUCUUUGGAUGCUUUGAGGGGUAUGAGGCUGACUUUUCGGUCCUGUUCAUGAAAAAGGAUACCCCUGAAUCGCUGAUGCCAGAAGUCAGUGUCCUUUGA